CCGCCGCCGGCAGCUUCCCAGCGCCAUGUCCCCCGGCAGCUUCGUCCUCCUCCUGAGCAUCCUGGGGGUCCUGGGGCUGGGUGACCCCGGCCCCCUGGAAGACGUGGUGAUAGACAGAUACUAUAUCCCCAAAAUCUGCCUGCGGGAAGUCCAGAUGGGGGAUUUCAUUCGCUACCACUACAAUGGGACCUUUAAAGAUGGCAAAAAGUUUGACUCCAGCUACGACCGAGGGGCCACGGUGGCUGGUGUGGUGGGCGUCGGGCGGCUGAUCACCGGCAUGGACCGGGGGCUGCAGGGCAUGUGUGUGAACGAGCGGCGUCACCUCAUCGUGCCCCCCCACCUGGGCUACGGCAGCAUUGGUGUGGCGGGGCUGAUCCCCCCAGACGCCACCUUGUACUUCGAUGUCAUCAUGCUGGACAUCUGGAACAAGAACGACAAGCUGCAGAUCACCACCCUGUCCAAACCGGAGCACUGCAACCGCACGGUGGAGAACUCCGAUUUCGUGCGGUACCACUACAACGGCACGCUGUUGGAUGGCACCCCCUUCGACUCCAGCUACAGCAAGGACAGCACCUACGACACCUACGUGGGCACCGGCUGGCUGAUCAAGGGCAUGGACCAGGGGCUGCUGGGCAUGUGCGCUGGGGAGAAGAGGAGCAUCAUCAUCCCCCCGUUCCUUGCGUAUGGGGAGAAGGGCUACGGGACCGUGAUCCCGCCGCAGGCAUCUCUGGUGUUCAGCGUGCUGCUGGUGGACUUCCACAACCCCAAGGACGGCGUCUUCCUGGAGCACCUGGAGGUGCCGGAGUCGUGCAAGCGCAGAGCUGUGACCGGGGACUUCGUCCGCUACCACUACAACGGCACGCUCAUGGACGGGACACUCUUCGACUCCAGCUACUCCCGCAAUCACACCUACAACACCUACAUCGGGAAGGGCUACAUCAUCCCCGGCAUGGACCAGGGCCUGCAAGGGGUCUGCGUGGGAGAGAGGCGGCGGGUGGUCGUGCCCCCACACCUGGCCUAUGGGGAGAACGGAGCAGGGGAUAAAAUUCCCGGCUCAGCCGUGCUCAUCUUUGAUGUUCACAUCAUCGACUUCCACAACCCUGCGGACCCAGUGGAGAUUGAAACCGUGUACCGGCCCGAGGGCUGCAACAUCACCACCCGCGACAGGGACUUCGUCCGCUACCACUACAACUGCUCCCUGCUGGACGGCACCAGGCUCUUCUCCUCCCACGACUACGAGAAGCCCCAGGAGGUGACCCUGGGAGCCAACAAGGUGAUCGAGGGCCUGAACAGUGGCCUCCUCAACAUGUGCGCGGGGGAGAGGCGGGUGCUCAUCAUCCCCCCCCACCUGGGCCACGGCGAGAGCGGAGCGCGGGGGGUGCCAGGCAGCGCUGUGCUCCGCUUCGAGGUGGAGCUCAUCUCCAUGGAGGAGGGGGUCCCCGAGGGGUACCUCUUCAUCUGGCACGGGGAGCCACCGGCGAGCCUCUACGAGCAGAUGGACCUGAACAAGGAUGGGGAGAUCCCCGCUGAGGAGUUCUCCACCUUCAUCAAGACCCAGGUGGCAGAAGGGAAAGGUCGCCUCAUGCCCAGCUCCGACCCAGAGAAAGUCAUCGCCGACAUGUUCAGGAACCAGGACCGCAACCAGGACGGGAAGAUCACCUCCGAGGAGCUGAAGCUGAAGUCGGACGAGGACCAGGAGAAGAUCCACGAGGAGCUCUAAGGAACAGACCCCGCUCUCCCCUGGAGACAGAACUCAUCCUGGCCGUGCCAUGGCCGCUCUCCCCCACCAGCUGCCCCAGGAAUCCACCCCUGCCCCCCCCCCCCCCAGCCCUGCAGGAGGGCACAUUUUGAUUUUUUUUGCCCCCUAUUAUUUAACUGAGGGUUUUUUAUCUUGUUCCUCCUGGGCAAGAAAACUCACCACCCCCCAGCUAACAAACCCAGGCAAGAAGAUGGGAAACACCCAUUUUCUUGGGAGCCUCGAUACCCCGGGGCCGGUAGCCCCCGUGCUCCAACCAGUGCCAUCCCCUCAUGCCCCCCAGCUCUGCUGACACCACCCCUGCCACAGAGCGGGACCGAGGAUGCCGGGGGGGCUCUGGAGCCCUGCCCUGUCCCACUCCACUGCCAAACCCCGUUUCGACCCCCUGCCCCCAGCUCCUGCGGAAGGGCCGGGACAGCAGCAUCCCCUCCCCGAACCCCUUCAUCCUCAGCCAGCGACUGCACGUCCCGCUCCAGCCUCCUCGCCUGCCCGUGCUGCCUCCUGGGGUGGGCACUUGGGGGGCUUCCCCUCUUCUACUGCAGCAUUUUGUAGUUUAGGGAUAGGGUUUGGGUUUGUUUUUUUUUAUGUACGCGUAUAAAAUUCUUUAGAGAAGAGAAAUAAAGAGAAGCCUUUCAUGCUGGUCCCUGCUGCUGGCCCAGCCUCUGCUCCCCGCUGCCCUCCUCCCUGGGGCAAGGGGCUCAGGUUCCCAGAGCAAAACCCCGAUAUCCUACAGGCAGCCGCUGUUCCAGAAAUCCUGGGCCCCUGGAGACAGCAGGGAUGGGACCUGGCAAACUUGUCAGCUGGGAGAAGGAAACCACAAAACCUCUCCCACCCAGGCCCUCGGGGAGCAGCAUCGUCCCCAUCUGCAUCCUCCUUGCCCUGCAGCCACAGCCCUCAGUGACUGAGAAAAAAUCAGCCCAACUUUAUUUUGAUACCUAAAUGCAGCUAAUUAACUCGGCGUUCUCGGGUUUGCCAGUUGUGACCAGCACGGCUCCAUCACCUCCCGCCAGCAAUGAAAGCUUUUGCACAAUGUGUCUUGCAGAGCGAGAGAAAAGAAAUUCAAGAAGAGAACAGUGCAAAGGGUCACGGCGAACCUCUCAAACGACAACUUCUACCUUGCACCAAAUAAAUAACUUCUACUGGUUUCCACGGA